AAAUUACUUGAGCUUUAGUUGUCAUUCCACAUGAAAUAUAUCGAGGAUGUAUGUUUGACAGCGAUACCCAUAUGGCAAAAUACACAGAGUUUUAUAUGACGAGAAUGACGGGAUGGUUGAUUUUCCCAUUCUGACGGUUAUCUCUAAAUGCAGCAAAUCCGAGGUGGGACUGGGGAAGUAGGUAGGAGACAAGUGACUGUAAAUAAAAGUAGCUAGGAGACAUUAAAUGAGACAAUUGACUUCUGGACACUUUGCUGCGCUCAUCGCAUCCAGACUCUCCAGACUCAAAAAGCAUUAAAAAUUCCACCAGGGCUGAGCCAUGGCCACCUUCCAGAUCCGGAAGUAUCGGGAUGACGAUGCAGAGGCAGUGAAGGAGCUCUUCGCCCUGGGGAUGAGCGAGCACGUGCCUUCGACCUUCAUGCACCUCCUGAAACAGCCGCUGACCCAGAUGGUGCUCAUGUGCCUGUUCUGCGCUCUCAUGGCCAGCUCCAAGUCCUUCCUGCUGCCCAUCCUGGCCGUCACUCUGUUCCUAGCCGGGGCCCGGCAGUUUGUCGUCUACAUGUUCAACAGCUACAUCGACACCUCGCUCAGGAAGGACGUCAGCAAGAUCAGUGAGGCCUACCUGAAGCAGAAGGACUCUGGUUUUUGGGUGGCUGAAGUUGACGGUCGAUUGGUCGGCAUGGUGGGUUGCCUUCCUAAUCAGGACGCGCCUGCCUGCUUGGAGUUGAAACGCAUGUCCGUACGCUACAGUCACCGUGGGAUGGGCAUCGCUAAGGCUUUGUGUCGGACAGUAGCUGAUUUUACUCGUGACAGGGGUUACGCUGCAGUCGUCCUGUACACCUCUGUGGUGCAGACAGACGCUCAGAAGUUGUACGAGCACAUGGGCUACGAGAAGAUCCGAGAGUUUGUUAUUCCUGAGCUCGUUGCCAAAAUCACGAACUUCACUCUGUUCGAGUACAGACUCGAUUUACAGAGAGAUGGGGAAAAAUGACUGAGUGGUCUUGAAGUGAGACCGUAACAUUUCAGGCUGAGAGUACCGCUCGUUCCAGUUUAUAUGCUAAUGUUUUCCCAGCAUUCAUUACAAAACGCUCAGGACAGCUGGUCAGAUGACAGCAUUAACAUGAGGAACAACACUUUCAGUAAAAGAUUAGGCACGCUUUCUCUUGUUACCAUCACAGAUUGAUCAUUUAUUAUUCUUUUUUUUUUUAUAAUUGAUAGAAUUAUCUACCAUUUCCACUGUCAAGCUGUUAAAGGGUCUGCGUUGAUUUAACUUCUUGAAAGUCAUUUGUCUAAUUUUGUAAAGGAUUUCCUUUUGUGAAUGAUACUUAUAAUAAAGUUAUAGAUCUGAGCAUGCUCCUGCAAUUUAGUAGUAUACAUUUACCGAUCUGAAACACGGGAUUGGUAUCAAGCCUGAUACUACUGAUCUCAUUAAGUGUAUCAUGACAUGACUGAUCCAAAUUAAAUGGUUCUUUUUUUCCCCCUAAAUGUCAUUAUAAAGGUCAGUGUUUCUGUUAUUUAUUUAUUUAGUCAUGGCAGGCUACCAACUCAGCUUUUAGUGCUACAGUAAUCCCUCCUAAAAAUGAUUCCAAUAGCGGUGAGGUGUACAGAUUUUUAAUUUAGAAAAAGAGAGCAUUGGUGUUAAAUUAAUGGGAAAGAAUAAGUUGGAUAGGUGCAUCCCUUGUACUGUUGUACGUCAAUGAGGUCAUUUUACCAAAAUCAUGUUAUUGCAAUAGAAAUUGAGAUGUUGAACCUUGAGAUAAGUUUUAUAUCUGACUUUAGGAUUUCAACACUUUUAAUAGCAUACUUCACAUUCCUUUCCUAUAAGCCAAAAAUGUGACGUGAGGGAGGGAGAUCUGCCCUGUGGUUUGUUUUGCAUACAGGAUGCUGCACUGUCCGAGACUGAUGCUCACAAGCUGUGAGCUUCUCAGGUUGUUUUUUUAAUAACUGAUCUAAGGAAUGUCUUUUGUAUCAAAUUUGUGAUUUUUAAAUCGAGAUUUAAAGAACAUCAUGUUUAGGCUUUUCCUUACCUAAGAAUACAUCUGUCUUAUAGCCAGGUGAUGAAGUGAAACACAGAACACACUCAGGCUUGAAAAGAAAAGAAAAAAUAAACAUUGUAAAAAUCUGUUUAAUAUCUUAAAACCCCCACAAACUUACAUUAAACAAAUGUGGAUGCACAA